GUAAGUAUACGAAAAAAAAAGAAAAAAGAGGAUCUGUAGUCGAGGCAGAUUCCUUUAUUUUGUGUUGGAACUCUGGUAGUCGAGACAGAGUAUCCUUUGCAACAAGCAUGAGUGCUCUGAUAGGCGAGGCAAAGUGACUGAACAAAUCUUUCUAUUUCGAAUUCACAGGAAAUCGAAAACGAAGGUCACAAGAAAGAUGCUCUUGGAAGAAUUGGCUGCCAUUAAGUCUGAACUGGCUUCCGUACGGCUCGAGAAAGAGCAAUUGCUACAAGGUUCAGAGGCGAGUACUGCAGAUAACGAUGCGGUAAACUUCAGAUCCGGAUCGGAUACCGACGUUCACCAGUCGGCAUCGGUCGGAAACGAAUCUUUGCUGGCCACCAUGAGCAAUAUGUCACUUGGUUCCUUAAACAUCCCUGAGUGUAAGCCAUCGGAUGGUGAAGCGGACGUGGACAAGAAGGCGUACGAGCAUUGGAAGGAAAUCGUGAAUGCGUCCUUCAAUCUAGUACAAGCGACAGACGAGCGUGCGAAGAUGGAUAAAUUCAGGAUCAAGGCUGGCCCAAAACUUCUCGAGGUGAUGCAAGGGACGUCUUCCACUGCGGACAUGCCGGAUGAACAGAGUCGGCCGUUCUCAAACGCUAUCGCUCGACUGGACCAUUACUUUGGAUCCCGAACCUACAUUAUCGGACAACGGAGCAAACUGAUGAAUACAGCGCAGCGCAGCGGUGAAGCCAGCGUCUCUUUUGUAAGAAGAGUUGGAGCAGCUGCAAAGUUGUGUGGCUACAAGAACGAUGAAGAAAUGGAGGCCAUAGUUCGUACCAUCGUUAAAGGAACUACCGACAGCCGCGUUCGUGUGCUGGCCCAUCGAAACUGGGUGAACCAAGGCGAUAUAAACAGCCUCAUCGCAAUGGUUAGUGAUCGAGAAAUGGAAAUCUUUAACGAGGAGGAAUAUCAGAAGCUAAACCGGCAGAGUUGUGCGCCAAUCGCUGCUGUAAGGGAACAUUCUGAACCAGGAACGUCAAGUCGACGUGGCUUUGGAUCCAAGUUCAGAGGUAUUCAGCGAAGCAGAGGAACAUUCCGUCGAGGACACGCGCAAUCACAAGGAUCGUCUCGGAACGCUUGCUGACGGUGCGCUAGCAUGUACCACGAACCUUCAGCAUGCCCUAAUCUUGACAAGGUAUGCCACAACUGUAAGCGUCGUGGGCACCUAGCCCGCAGUUGCUCGAACGUGCCGAAGUUUGGAGUAGGAUAAAAGCGUGCGGCUAUCGAGCAAGGAGAGGGCGAGCCAAGACCAAAAAUUGCGGCAAUCAAACAAAACGGCGAAGAAGUUGAAGAAAAGGUAAUGGAAGAUAAUCUUGAAGUAGAAUAAACAUAAUAUGAUUUCAAAGCUAUUUCAUCUGAUAGUUGAACUUAACAUGGAUUCUGUAUGAACUAAAAUGAAUUGUUUGAAUAAAUGAGUUGCUUAUAAAUAUCGGUUUAUUUUAUUUCGAAAGAACUCACCCAUAUUCUGAAGUAACGUUCACAUUGUUUUGAGUUGUAUUUGGGUUUCAAUCGUGUGUGGAGAUUCGCUUAGUCAGUUGGAGUUGGCAUAACUAGUCGUAGUUUAUCUGUCAAACAGGAUAUGCAUGACUAUCUAGUCUGGCAUGAGAUAACAGAACACUAUCAAAUGAGAUAGCUUGGAAACAAUUAGAUUAGAAACGGCUGUUCAGUUGUUAUGAACGAUUAUUUGGUUUUUAGGUACAACAUAAUUCACAAACUGAUGACAGCGGCACUGAGAAGGUAAUUUGUGCAGUGCCCACAUUUAAUCUACCAACAGAAGAAGAUGCUUUCGUUGUUGGGCAUGUGGCAGGCGUGCGUGUGAUCUUCUUCAUCGAUUCGGGUGCGCAAGUAAACACCAUAACAAGGAGGAUCUUCGACAAAAUUCUCCAGGAUGAAUCCAAAUCAAAUAAAUUGGUCGACCUGUGUUACUCGUCAGAUAAAAAGUUGCGCGCGUAUGCCUCUCAAGGAGAGAUCAGCGUAUCGACUACUUUCUCUGCGAUAUUAUAUGUUUCAAAGGACAGACCAGUGCUCCUUGAGAAAUUUUAUGUUGUCAAAGAGUCGAGAUCGUUGAUGAGUUUUAGCACAGCAGCUCGAUA